CGCCUCUGAGGCGCUAUCAGGGACUUUUGCUCGAUAAGUUGAGCUCGUAUGUUGUCGUUCUCGAGUCAUGGAUACCUAUACUUUUGCGACUUCGAGGCAAAUUGACUUUCCCGUUUGCCUGAGAAUCAAUGCUUUGGAGGGCAAGCAGACCACUGUUCCGCAUUCUGUAUUGCUUCAGCAUCCUGAAAUACGUCAUGUCGGGUCCAUCCAGAACCCAGUGUCGGAGCUCUAUGUGACUGCUCAAUUAUGGGCAGAAUCCAAGCCACUAGGGGUACCUGUGCAGACUCCUCACACUUUUUUCAAGAACAAUCGGACUUGGAACAAGUGGUUAGAAUUGCCGGUCCCGGUCAAAGACUGUCCAAUCUCUUCGCAGAUUGCAAUCACCAUCUGGGACAUCUCACCAUGUCCUCUGAAUGGCACUGUCGACCACAAUGUUCCGUUUGGUGGCACGACCAUACCACUAUUCGAUGAGGAUGGCGCCUUGAGGAGGGGCCGGCAAAAGUGUAAGGUCUAUCGCAAAACGGUCGCCGAUGGAUAUAUCCCUUCAAGUACGCCUCAUUUGCCACGACCCAAACGGCGAAGACGGAACGAGGUACCCCAGCCACCCGUCCCGGAGGAAGAAGAACUAGUAAGACUGGAGCUAUUGUUCAAGAAGCACGAGAUGAAUGAAAUACCCCAAAAUGACUGGCUCGAUCAACUUGUCUUUCAGAACGUAGCCAAAAAGGCGCGUGGAGUGGACGAGGCUGCAAGGAAGCGAUCGAGCAUCCACAAAGCCGCAAAGCGAAAAGUGUCCAGAGCGAAAUCGGACAAAGUCAAGGAUGGGGAUGUGAACGGCCAGCACGAUUCACAAGGAAGUAACUCGGACGCCGAAACGGAAGACGAAGAGCAUUUCACUUUGUACAUUGAUUUUCCUCGCUGGGAUUUUCCUGUCAUCUUCGAAGACCAUGAGUAUGAAGCGCCCAGGUUGAUGAAGGAGUUUCAAAAUACUCCCUCAUCGUCAGCUGUGGGUGCCAAACCUCCACCGGAAGUUCGGUAUGGCCCUGGAAUUGCGGCGGGGAAUUCCGUGGUUGACGAGGAGGAUUUUCCUGUCGUACAAAUCUUUGAUCCGGAACAAUUCCAGCGAGAAAACCCAUGCGAGUCAAAACAUCGACGCCUGGUCCGAAGCGAUAGAACCGCAUUGUACGACGUCGACCAGAAACCGAAUGCCAAGUUGCGGGAUGAAAUCAACGAGAUCUUGACAUAUGGACCCACACAAGACCUCACUCCGCAAGAAAAGGAUGUCAUUUGGACGUUUCGUCGGCAUUUGAGUCGCGAUAAACGGGCCCUUACAAAAGUGGUCAAAGCUACCGACUGGAAUAGCCCAAGCGAAGCAAGACAGAUGGCUGAGUUGAUUCCAAAAUGGGCCAAAAUUGACGUCGACUCCGCUCUGGAGUUACUUGGUCCAACUUAUGACAGUCCAGUUGUUCGCGCCUAUGCAGUCGAUCGACUGCGACAGGCCGGUGAUGCCGAACUGCUCUUGUAUCUGCUGCAGCUCGUUCAGGCGCUGAAAUUUGAGAAGUACGACUCGAAAGCGGAGAGCUUACCCUCUUCGUCCCUGGCAAAAUUCUUGAUUGACCGUGCUUCCAACAACUUCAUACUUGGGAACUAUCUGCAUUGGUAUUUGAUGGUCGAGUGCGACGAUCAAGGCCCAGACACCAAUGCCGCGAAUAGAAAGCUAUUUGCAAGAGUGGAGUAUCAUUUCAUGGUAGAGUUGGAAAAGCGAGCUCCCGAGCAACGGAAGACUCUCUUGAGGCAAGCUGAAAUGAUUGCCAUCCUGUCAAGGAUCAGCAAGGAGAUCAGAUUUAAUCGGAGCAACCGCAUACAAAAGAUUGAGAUGCUCAAGAAGUAUCUCGCCGAUCCGAAGAAUGAACUUGUCAAGAUCGAUCCUCCAAUCCCCCUGCCACUGGACCCCGAAGUUGAAGUUAGCGGAAUCUAUCCUGACGAGGCUACUGUGUUCAAGUCCUCGCUGUCUCCGCUGCUACUCUACUUCAAGACAGCUGGCUCAGCAGAGACCGGCGAUUCUUCCACACAGUCACGAUCACAAAGCCAGGGCAAAUAUCCGAUGAUAUUCAAAACUGGCGACGACCUUCGGCAAGAUCAGCUGGUCAUCCAGAUCAUCGAAUUGAUGAACAAUUUGCUCCUCAAGGAAAACCUGGAUCUGAAGCUUACUCCUUACCGGAUCCUUGCAACAUCCCCAACAGCUGGGGCGGUACAAUUCAUUCCAUCAACCGCCAUUUCCGUCGUCUCUGCGAAAUACAAAGGCUCGGUACUGGCCUAUCUACGAGCAAACAAUCCCGACGCAUCUGGCCCCCUUGGCGUUCGCAAAGAAACCAUGGACACAUACAUCAGGUCAUGUGCCGGGUACUGUGUGAUAAUGUACAUUCUGGGUGUCGGCGAUCGUCAUCUUGACAACCUCCUGCUUCAACCAUCUGGCCAUUUCUUCCAUAUCGACUUUGGAUUCAUCCUUGGGCGCGAUCCGAAGCCGUUCGCCCCCCUAAUCAGGCUAUGCAAAGAAAUGGUGGAAGGGCUCGGUGGAACGGCGUCGCCGCAGUAUGCUCAAUUCAAGCAGUAUUGUUUCACGGCAUACACCACCUUGAGGAAGUCGAGUUCUCUGGUCCUCAAUCUAUUCAGCCUAAUGGUUCAGAGCUCGGUCCAAGAUAUCAGACUGGUCGAGGAACAGACUGGCGGGAUCGGUGGUGCAGUGGGCAAAGUGAGGGAAAGGUUCCACCUUGACGUUAGUGAAGAGGAGGCUGUACGACUGCUGGACCAGGUAUUAGCUGACAGUGUCAAUGCCGUGUUCGGAGUGGUGAUUGAUCGGCUGCACGAGUUUGUUCAAGGCUGGCGAGCAUGACAUCUUUGAGCAAUAGAAUUAUUUAGAGAUCAGGC